CCGUGAAUUUUGUCAGAAAUUCAAAAGAGGAGUAUACAGACACUGCUACUUAGAUAUAGCCACUAGUAGUGAAUCCCAUUCACCGAGUUUACGUAUUUCACACGAUCCCUUACAUCUGAAUCCCAAUACCAUGCCUAGGGUUCCGACGAAUCAUCCUCCUCCUCCUCCUCCUCCUCCUCCCUCGUCGUCAAUGGUUUCCACUAUCAAAGCCUAUGCACUCCCUGUUAUUCUCUUCGCCGCAGCCAUGUUCUACCAGCUCUUUGUUAUCCCCAAUGCCUUUCCUCCUUCUCAUUAUGACGUUCUGCAAAUUGAUAGGUAUAGUUCCAUCGACACGGUGAAGGAGGCUUACAACAAUCUUGAAUCUAAAUGGAAUUCUGAUGUGGAAGUAUUGGAUGUUCAUGAGUUUUUAAAGAUUCGACAUGCCUAUGAAUUGCUCACUAACCCUUUAUGGAAAAGAGACUAUGACUUAUUUGGCAUUGAUGAACAACAUCAUAUCAUUGAGGAUGCCAACAAGCGUUAUGCUGGGAAAAGUAUUUCACAAUUGGACUUCCCUUUACUAAAUGCCCCUUUCUCUGAGUCUAUUGAUCAUUCUACUAAAGUCAUUUCUGCAAGUGAUUUCAAGUCUAUAUUUCCAGAUUCAAAGCUAUGGUUAAUUCAGUUGUAUUCAUCUGGGAGCAAUCGUUGUGUUAAGUUCUCAAAGUCUUGGAAUAAAAUAGCUUCUUUGUUGGAUGCAUUUGCAAACACUGGUAUGGUGGAACUUGGUGAGAAGGAGGUCUCUAUUUACUUUGCCGAUAAAAGAUCAACGGGAAAACCCUUUUUCAGAAAUGGAAUUCCAUCUCUUUUUGCCAUUCCUCCUGGAUGCCGUACUGCAAAAUGUUUUAGAAGGUUUGAUGGUGAGCUUACGGUUGAUAAGGUUACAAAUUGGUUUGCAACAACUGUAUUGGCUUUUCCUCAAAUUAACUACUACACGAAGGAAUCAUUGGUGCCAAAUUUUUUAGGAAAAGUUAGUCAUCAUAAGGUAAAAGUAAUAUUAUUCUCAAAAACCGGGGAGCGUGCUUCUCCAUUUAUACGACAAGUAGCUAAAGACUAUUGGGCUUAUGCUUCAUUUGCGUUCAUUCUCUGGCGGGAAGAAGAAUCAUCCUAUUGGAUGGGGGCAUUUGGGGUGGAAUCUGCACCUGCUAUAGUAUUUUUGAAAGACCCAGGGGUCAAACCUGUUGUGCACCAUGGAUCAGUUAAUGAUUCUUUGUUUUUGAGUAUGAUGGAAAAUAAUAAAGAGCAAGAGCUACCACAAUUAAGGAGCGAGACAUCUAUGGAGCUAGGCUGUGAUCCCCGUGGCUACUCACGUGCUGGAUAUGAUACAACUAUUUGGUAUUGUGCUAUUGCAUUGGGAAGGCCGAGUAUGGAGUUGAACAGACUGCGUGAAACUAUUUGCAGGGUCCAAGAAACAUUGUCUAAGCAAAGUGAGGUAGAUGCAUCAUCUGAAAAUCAAUCCUUUGCUCCAGUCGUUGAUGCGUUGAAGAGUAAACGGUUGACAUUUGCUUGGCUUGACAGUGAAAAGCAGAAGGACUAUUGUAAAUUUUACCUUGGUGAAGGGGCAAGCGAAGGCACUUGUGGACAACGGAAGGGUAUGACGGAUAUUGCUCGGUUGCUUGUUAUUCGUUACCUAAGGAAUAAUAGUGCUGUUGAUACGAGGACACAGGAACUUUCUAAGUGGAAAUCAUUACUGGUCCAAGAUAUAAUCGAUGAUACUGAUCAGGCAGGCCAGUUUGUAGCUGGGUACAAGGGCACAGCUGAUGACUCAGAGAUAUCCCAGUGGCUCGCAAAUAUUAUAAAAGAUGGUGACUCCAGAGAUUUGCCUUUCUUUACACUAAGAACUCCUAAGCUUGUUCCAGAUGACACAGAACCUAUUUGGUCUAAAACCGCACAACAGAUUCCAAUAAAAAAUAUUAUACAGCGUAUUCUUGGUGUUGUUGGUGGGCUUUCUGUGUACCUUGAUGAUCCGAGAAUCGGUCCUUUCCUGCUUUUGGCAGCCUUAAUUUCUCUGGGCACCAUCUGGCUAAGAAGAAGCCAACAAGCUCAUCCAUCUCAGUCAACACAACCUAGUUCCACGGAACCGCCCUCCCGUGAUGAAAGAAAAUCAAGACCGACUGAUCGGGUCCGGAGACGGUCUAGUAAAAAUGUGCCCCCAAGCAUGACAGAUUCGGAACCGCCCAAUGCUUUUCAGAUGCCACUUUCAGACUCCGAAUCUGAUUAGUUUCAAUUUGGUUUCUCCUUAAAGAAAAGGAGCUUUUCAUGACAUACUGUUACACGUUCUAAAGGUGAAGGCUUAUAAUAUGAUGCAAGAUUGGAACCAUGUCAACAAGUGAAUAGGACCUUAUAUCAAGCAAAAUAUUCCAAGAUAGAAACAUUUAUUUUAAACUGUGUAUAAAAAUGAGAUCACGUUUGACUGUUCCAAAGUCACGUUAUUGGCUUCUUUAACCUCAAUUAUCUAAAAAGUUUACUGGAAGUUCUUUCAUAAAGUUUUUGCUUGCUAAUGAUAUUGAUUUAGACACAUGCAGUGCAGUGAGCGUUUCAAAAUUUGAUUUUAGAUAUUAUCAUUUUUAAAGGAUAAGUUUUAGGUUUAGUAAAAAUGCAGAAUAAAUAAGAUCUUGGAAAAUAAAGGAAGAAUCUACGUGCCACUCCUUUUUUUUAUACUUGCCAUCCUCUAAGGGAUAAGUUUUUUUUACCAUAUUACCCCUGUAAGAUAUCGGAUUUUAUUAAAUUUUCAGUUUUGUACCGGAAAUUUUA